ACAAGCAACAGAAUUAAUUCAUUUAGGGAAAAGCAAUACUCGGUUGGUUAUCCACAUUGAAACUAAGUAGCGGCCUCUGUGUCCCGCCGGCGCCCUUCCACCUGCUUUUCGUGUCCACCAAUUGGUGAAUUUGUGUUUUGUGUUGAAUUUCGAGUGAAGUACAACACCGGCUCAUUAUUUUAAUGAUUUUUAUCUUAAAAAAUCAAAUAAAAACUGUCAGAUCCAUGAAAUUUUCUUCAGAACUUUCAUUUUAUUUUAAAUUAUGAACUUGAAAGUGUGAAGAGAUAUUUAUUUAUAAUUGCGAAAAGACUGGAGACUUGAACGUUAAUAAUCAUGGGGAGCAAAAGAAAGCCAGUAGACACCCAGGUACCCGCCGAGGAGAGUGACCUCCUCUCGAUAAAACCCCUGGGUGCAGGUCAGGAAGUAGGCAGAUCCUGCAUAAUGCUGGAAUUCAAGGGAAAAAAAAUAAUGCUGGACUGUGGUAUCCACCCAGGUCUAUCUGGAAUGGAUGCCCUCCCAUUCGUCGAUCUUGUGGAAGCCGACGAGAUCGAUCUCCUCCUCAUAUCCCACUUCCAUCUCGAUCACUGUGGAGCUCUCCCGUGGUUCCUCCAGAAGACGAGUUUCAAAGGGCGAUGCUUCAUGACCCACGCUACCAAAGCAAUCUACCGCUGGCUUCUCUCUGACUACAUCAAGGUCUCCAACAUCGCUACAGAACAGAUGCUUUACACUGAGUCUGAUCUUGAGGCCAGUAUGGACAAAAUAGAGACAAUUAAUUUUCACGAGGAGAAGGACGUCUUCGGGAUUAAAUUCUGGGCAUACAACGCUGGACACGUACUAGGAGCUGCCAUGUUCAUGAUUGAAAUUGCAGGUGUCAAGAUCCUCUACACAGGUGACUUCAGCCGGCAAGAGGAUCGCCAUCUAAUGGCUGCCGAGAUUCCAAAUGUCCACCCAGACGUCUUGAUAACCGAAUCUACGUAUGGCACACACAUUCACGAGAAACGAGAGGAUCGUGAACGAAGAUUUACGAAUCUCGUUCACGAGAUAGUGAAUCGUGGUGGCAGAUGUUUGAUCCCAGUAUUCGCUCUAGGUCGAGCCCAGGAGCUUCUGCUGAUCCUCGAUGAGUACUGGAGUCAACAUCCAGAGCUUCACGAGAUUCCGAUCUACUACGCCUCCUCGUUGGCAAAAAAAUGUAUGGCUGUCUACCAGACGUAUGUCAACGCAAUGAACGAUAAAAUCAGAAGACAAAUAGCAAUAAACAAUCCCUUCGUCUUCAAGCACAUAUCCAAUCUAAAGGGAAUCGAUCAUUUUGAUGAUAUUGGACCCUGUGUUGUGAUGGCAUCACCGGGAAUGAUGCAGAGUGGAUUAUCUCGUGAGUUGUUCGAGUCCUGGUGUACAGAUGCGAAAAAUGGAGUUAUAAUCGCUGGCUACUGUGUUGAGGGCACCCUAGCCAAGACUAUUCUCUCGGAGCCCGAGGAAAUAGCGACGAUGAGUGGCCAGAAACUCCCUCUGAAGAUGUCCGUUGACUACAUAUCCUUCUCAGCGCAUACUGACUAUCAGCAGACAUCAGAGUUCAUUAGAAUUCUCAAACCACCUCAUGUCGUACUCGUUCAUGGCGAGCAGAACGAAAUGGGGAGACUGAAGGCUGCGUUGCAGAGGGAGUAUCAGGAUGAUCCUAGUACAACAAUGGAGAUUCACAAUCCAAGGAAUACAGUUGCUGUUGAGCUGUAUUUCAGAGGUGAGAAAACUGCUAAAGUUAUGGGAACACUUGCAAUGGAGACUUCGAAACCUGGAGAAAUUCUCUCUGGUGUUCUUGUGAAGAGGAAUUUUAAUCAUCAUAAAUUAGCACCAUCUGAUUUGUCAAAGUAUACGGAUAUGACCACGAGCCAUGUUGUCCAGAGACAGAGUAUGUAUUUUAACUCGUCGUUGCCAGUGCUGAAGCAUCUUCUGGGACAAAUUGCUGGGAAUUUGGAGUAUGUGGAUGAUAAGAAGAUCAGACUUUUUAAGAAUGUUGAUGUGACGAUUGACGGGAAAAUCGUGACGAUGGAGUGGAUUGCUACUCCGGUGAAUGAUAUGUAUGCGGAUUCUGUUUUUACUGCUCUACUGCAGGCAGAGCUGAUGGAGAAUCCUCCGAAGACACUGCCACCACCGUCGAAGAUGGAUAGAAUGCAUUUCAAGACUUGUUUGAUUGAGAUGCUCCAGGAGAUGUUCGGGGAGGACUCGGUGCCCAAGAUUUUUAAGGGAGAACAGCUUUAUGUGACUGUUGAUGGGAAAAAGGCGCAUAUUGAUCUGAUGGGGCUCGAGGUUGUCUGUCAGGAGGAUGAGGUCUUUCAGCAAAUCGUGCAGACUGCGGUUUCCAAAUUACAUCAGUCACUUGCUUCUCCUUGUGAGACUAUUUGAAGGGAGAGGGUGCACAUCUGAGGGGUAGAGGGAAGUUGGGACGAUGGGGUGAAGAUUGUUGAUACGUUUUUUAAUAAAUACCGGAUAAGGUUGAUACAUUGUA